ACUGAUGGACUCCUCGUGUUGUGCACCCCGCCUUCCUCCUCAUUCAUUCGUCGUCGAACAUUUCCUCCCUCUCAUUCUGGGAUGAGUCGGCCCGAACAAACGUCCUGUCGGAUUGCGUGUCUUCCUUUCCUCUCUCCGUCUGUCGGCAGUUUUCACGUGAGGCGUGCCCUGUAGAAUGAGGGAGAAUGACUCUCCGAUUAGAAGAUUUCCUCAUCGACAAGAAGAAAGAGGCUGCUCCUCUCUUGGAUCUCUCAAAGACGAAAAUCCAGACCCAGGAUGACCUGGAAAAGCUCAUCGCCAGGCUACCCGACCUCAAAAUCCGACCCGAAAAGUCGAUGAGAAACGUCCGGAUCCAAGACCUGAGUGCCGUGGACAUCGACUGGAGAAUGCUCACCCUCCAGAGACCUAAGUCCAAGGUCGAGGAGGACAUAUUUUCGAGAUUGGUUUCCCUGGAUAAAGGAGACAAGAAGGCUCGAUCUCGGGAAUCAGGGCCUCCAGUGAAGCAAUUGAUAAGGACUAAGUCCAAACCUCGCUCAAAGGCUGCAGUUGUCCCUGAAACGAAAUUCCAGACAUGCCGAAAUUGCGCAGAGGAAUUGUGCUCUGGAGCAUGCAGAGAAUUUGGCUAUGAGGCAUUUGAACGAGUGAUCCUAGAGGAGAAAGAGAAAGAGGGUGGGCUGGAAAAGAAGGACCUGGAUCUGGCUACAUUGCUGGGCGGAGGAGCUGUUUCCUCCCGACUAAGAAGAGACUCCCAUAGGAAACUGACUAAGAAACGGAAAAAGAAGAAGAAGAAGAAGAAGACUACACAAGAUGAUCAAGGAGGGACAAAUGUAGAAGAUGAGGCAGAUGAUGCGCCCAAUCACCAUCUUUCUUCGUUGCUGCUUCAACCAGAAAGUAUUUCAUAAUUUUGGUGCUCAAGCAAUCAAAUUUCAUUCUUGUGAUGCAAUGUGAAUAUAGAUGACAAGUUGAUGCUAAAAGUGCAGCUACACUUCUAUAACUAACUAGGUGUGCUAGCUAUGAGAUGGGGGGAUGGGACCUAGUGUCAAAUAAAAGCCUUGGG